CCUCAUUCAUUGUCUUGACAAGAGCAUCCUCCGCCGCCAGUCUUCGCUCCUGCAGCUCCUUCCUUCUCCUCCUCCUCUUCCUCUCCCUCCUCCGUCUGGGGGUCCGCUCGUCUCUCGCAGCAGAAUGAGCCGGCAGGUGGUUCGCUCCAGCAAGUUCCGCCACGUGUUUGGACAGCCGGCCAAGGCCGAUCAGUGCUAUGAGGACGUGCGCGUCUCCCAGACCACCUGGGACAGUGGCUUCUGUGCUGUCAACCCCAAAUUUGUGGCCCUGAUCUGUGAGGCCAGCGGGGGCGGGGCCUUCCUGGUGCUGCCCCUGAGUAAGACUGGUCGAGUGGACAAGAAUGCACCUACAGUCUGUGGCCACACGGCCCCCGUGCUGGACAUCGCCUGGUGCCCUCACAAUGACAAUGUCAUUGCCAGUGGCUCUGAGGACUGCACCGUCAUGGUGUGGGAGAUCCCCGACGGGGGCCUGACUCUGCCCCUGCGGGAGCCUGUGGUCACCCUAGAGGGCCAUACCAAGCGCGUGGGCAUUGUGGCCUGGCACCCCACUGCUCAGAACGUGCUGCUCAGUGCAGGCUGCGACAAUGUGAUCCUGGUGUGGGACGUGGGCACUGGGGCGGCCGUGCUGACACUGGGCUCCGACGUGCACCCGGACACCAUCUACAGCGUGGACUGGAGCCGUGACGGUGCGCUCCUCUGCACUUCCUGCCGCGACAAGCGUGUGCGCAUCAUUGAGCCGCGCAAAGGCACAGUAGUGGCUGAGAAGGACCGUCCGCAUGAGGGGACCCGUCCGGUGCACGCUGUGUUUGUGUCAGAUGGGAAGAUCCUGACCACGGGCUUCAGCCGCAUGAGUGAGCGGCAGGUGGCGCUGUGGGACACGAAGCACCUGGAGGAGCCGCUGUCUCUGCAGGAGCUGGACACCAGCAGCGGCGUCCUGCUGCCCUUCUUCGACCCCGACACCAACAUCGUCUACCUCUGUGGCAAGGGCGACAGCUCUAUCCGCUACUUUGAGAUCACCUCGGAGGCCCCGUACCUGCACUAUCUCUCCAUGUUUAGCUCCAAGGAGUCCCAGCGGGGUAUGGGCUACAUGCCCAAACGGGGCCUGGAAGUGAACAAGUGCGAGAUCGCCAGAUUCUACAAGCUACACGAGCGCAAAUGUGAGCCCAUUGCCAUGACAGUGCCUAGAAAGUCCGACCUGUUCCAGGAGGACCUGUACCCACCCACUGCCGGGCCUGAUCCUGCUCUGACAGCUGAGGAGUGGCUGGGUGGCCGAGAUGCCGGACCCCUCCUCAUUUCUCUCAAGGACGGCUAUGUGCCCCCAAAGAGCCGGGAGCUCUGUGUCAACCGGGGCCUGAGCUUGACACGCAAGAAGACAACGCCAGAGGCCACCGCCGCUGGCUCGGACACUGUCUCCAGGCUGGAGGAGGAGCUGAGGAAGCUGCAAGCCACUGUGCAAGAGCUACAGAAGCGCCUGGACAGGCUGGAGGAGGCGGUGCAGGCCAAGUAGAGCCCCUGGUGCCCUGCCCACGCUGCAGGCCACUGUGGCCAAGAAGGAAAAGAAAUCCUAAUAAAAUGGCUUUAUUUUCUGGUA